CUGCGCGUCAUGCUGAAAAACACGUCCUCCGAUCUCGUGCAAUCUCGUGCUGUUCUGUUUCAAUUUUCGGCCAAGUCGGACGUUUGAAGUUUAAUUACUGGCGAUCGACAUCGUGACCGGUGGCCAGUGACCAAUGGGGACCAAGGGGUGCGACAUCAGUGUGACGAUGCCAGUGUGCUCGCUGUCCUUGCGACGUGAUGUCGUCUCGCUCGGGCGCGGCGCGGCCCAACCCCAACCUCCGCCCCACAGAUGCUGAGGCGGUCCAUCGCCCUUUGUGAUGGCGGCCCCGACUUUUCAUCUUGCUCGUGCAUGCUGUUAAAGGCGAACAGUGACAGUGGAUUUGCGACAAUAUUACCUUGGAGUUUUAUGGCUAAAUUUUUGUAGCCACAACCUACUGGCAUUGACGACUAGCUCGCCACUCUCCAGCGACUUGGUUCCGCGGGGAGGAUCCUGGAAGGUCUCUAUUAAAACAAAUAUAGAAGACUGCACACCAAUUGGCGUUCUUUUCAUAUGUGCAAACUUGGCACACCCAGUGCCGAAAUUACACACUAGGACCAGUGUGUAACCAAUGUUCGAUGAGGGCCUCGAGGACAGAGAGCUCGAUGGCACUAGUGGUGACGGCGUGCUUUCACUGCAGCACAAGCAAUGCCCCGCGGAGGAUGUGGCGUCCAGUGUGCGGGCGACGCAGUGGACCGCUGCCCAAGGACUAAUAUUUCAACGCGAGCAGCCCGACAACGAUGCAGCGCAGCGCCCACCUGUGUGCGCGGCGCCUACUGUUGUUGACGAAAUUUAGCAAGCUGAUUCUUAUGGUUUAUGGUUUUAUUGCAGGCGAUGAACUGGCGUCAGUGGCGGCCAGCUCGAGCGUCUCCAGCGCCUUAUGCCGCAAGAAGGAUCCUGGGGAGGUUUCCAUUGUCAAGGAUUCCGAGGACAACGAUGAGCUCGAGCAAAAGGAAGGGCAGCCAUGAGGCUGGUGGUGACGAAUGCUUUGCGCCAGCUCAAGCAGUGCCCUGUGGAGCGUGCAGUGUGGGCGACGCAGAGCGAGGUUUGUCCGGCGAACGGUGAGCGGGAAGGUAAGCAGACGAUUAUGGUUAGGAUGCGCCCUUUUUCGGUCGGCGAUGUCACUAAAAGCAACUUAAAACAAAUACGAAUCAUACAAUUGGUUUUCAUCAUGCUGUUAUUUCAGGGGCCGGGGAUAACGACUGUGCACUUGCCAGUGCAAUAGAGACGAACUCAUAGAUCCCCUAUAAGAGUGAGAGAGCGCGAAUGACAACAAAGUGGUCCGCGUCCGUCCGCGUCCGCGGGUGGUCUAGGAGGGACCCCUGCGUUAUUUGUUAAUCCUCUAAUGCUGUCAUUGACAUCUCUCUCUUUCUGUUGCAGUUUGUGAUGGUGGCCCCCUGAACUUGCACGUGCAUGCCGUUGAAUGUGAAGGGUUGGUCCUCAGAUCCAGCAGACACCAUGUAUCUCCAACGUAGUGCUCUUCUUGCAGGUGACGACCCACUGGCAGUGACGACCAGCACGCCUCUCUCCUGCGACGCGUUUCGCGGGGAGGAUCCUGGAGAGGUCUUCUUCGGAAAGGACCCCGAUGGCAUCAAACUCAAGCAAGAGGACGACCAGCUAGGGCUGGUGGUGACCGCGUGCUUCUCACUGCAGCAGUACCCCGUGGAGGACUGGGCCUGCAGUGUCGGCGACGCAACUGACCUUGACCUGCAACCCGAGGAAGGCCCUGUUGACGGGGACGACCCACUGGCAGUGACGGCCAGCUCGCCUCUCUUUAGCGACGCGUUCCGCGUGGAGGAUCCUGGAGAGGUCUUCUUCGGAAAGAGCCCCGAGGACAUCAAACUCAAGCAAGAGGCCGGCCAGCGAGGGCUGGUGGUGACGGAAUGCUUCGCACUGCAGCUCAAGCAGUUCCCUGUGGAUGACGCAUCGUGCAGCGUAGGCGACGCAGAGCGCGGUGCGCCGCAACUUAUUGUUAAAGGCUCCGCGGACGGUGAGGUGAAACGCGAGCAGCCCGACGGUGAUGUUAAAGAACCUGAUGGCCAAAACAAUGAUGAGGCCGACCAGAAGGACUUAAAGGUGCUGCGGAAAAAGGGAGGUUUCAAAAAAUACACAUGCAGUGAGUGUAAUAGAGAAUUUAGGUUCCCCAGUGCUCUGCUUAGGCACAUGCUUGUGCACUCCGUUGGGUCUUUUGAAUGCGACAUAUGUAAAAAGUGUUUUAAACGAGCGGAUCUUCUGAAGUCGCAUAAAAAAGUGCACACUGCUGGAAGUGUAAAACCUUUUAUCUGUGACCUAUGUAAAAAGCGCUUUGUUCAUAAGGGACAUAUUGUCAGGCACAUGAGAAUACACACUGGUGAAAAGCCAUAUAUUUGCGAGAUAUGUAAGAAGGGCUGUUCUCAAAAGGAAAGUCUCGUCAAGCACUUAAGAAUACACACCGGUGAAAAGCCAUACAAAUGAGAUCGGUGUAAAGUAAAAUUUAGUAAUCCAUCUAAUUUUAAACGACACGGAAAAGUUUGUUUUUAAACCAUGUCUGUAAAGAUAUUUUGACGUCUUAUGGAAGUGGAAAUAAAAUGUUUUUGCUGGCGGACCCUUAAUGCUUUUAUCUUACUAAAGCGUUUUCUUCUAUUGCUACUCGAUACGUUUACUGCCAUUGAUAUUUACUUAUUUCUGUUGCAGUUCGUGAUGGCGCCGCACUUCCUUGCACGUGCACGUUUGGUGGCGGGUCGGUUAUUAGACCCUGCAGACAUCGUCAAUUUCUAAUAUUGUUGGUCUGAUUCCAGGCGACGAGCAUUCAGCAAUAACGGCGUGCUUCCGCAGUGGCUUCCACUUGGGUGAUCCUGGAGAGGUGUCUGCCGAUGAGGAUCCCGAGGACAACGAGUCCGAGCAAGAAGACGAGGAGAUGGUCCUGGCAGUGACAUCGUCCUUCUCGCCAAGCCGUCAGCACCAGCAGUGCCCCGCGGAUGACCAUAGUCUGCUGUCCGAAGAAGACCCUGUGCAACCCGAGCAGCAGCAGCAGCCGGUCAAAGAUGCAGGAGAAGCACCCUCUAUCCGAGACAAAAUCAAGCAGAAUGGCUCCGCGAACAUGUUUGUAGACUGCAUCCCUCAACUUGGCCGAAACAAAGGGCAGGCUGACCAGAAAGACUCACAGUUGCUAUGCGAGGAUAGGGUUCGAGAAUUACCGGUAAUUUUGGUUCAAAGUAAAAAACCUGGGUAAAUUUCGGUAAAUUACUGUUUUUUUGAGUAAUUUACUAAAAACAGCGCAUUUUAAAGAAAAACGCAAUUUAAAACAUUUUUUAAGGGUACUUGUACGUUUUCCCGAUUACGAUAUAGUAAUGAAAGCACCUGCUUCAGUAGCACCACCGACAUAGACGGACUGAAUAAAAAGUGAAAAGAUUUUAACGAGGGAGAACAGAUACUUUGCUCCUCACCACCCGAUAAAGAACCUUUUAAAAUAUUUGCCGCGUUCUGAAAGCAUACGUAGUGCAUCCUUGCGUACACCAGUGAAGUCUUACGUCUAGCCUCGCUGUAGCCACAUGAAGUUUUAAUGUCUGCCUCUGUGCACAAUUACGAAAAGAACUUAAAAUGUAUGUAAUUGUCUGCAUAGUUCACAAAGCAUUGAAGCCGAAAACCUGCACAAAUUGCAAAGCUUCAAGCAAAAUAGAUCAUGGAUAUGAAUUUGUCCACUGGAAAUAUUAGAACGUUGUCAGUCAAUCCAUUAAAAUUCAGUGGCCUUACGGCCUGUAUGAGAAGAACAGCCGCAUCUAUGCGUGCAUCCGGUAAAAAAGUAAAAUAUAUGAGCAAAAUAAGUCUGAUUUCUUACAAGUCUUGAAGUAAAUUACUUUGAGGGAAAGUAAUUUACCGUAAUUUACUAGUAUUUUACUCAAAAUUUCUCGAAAUUUACUUUGCUCUCGAACCCUAUGCGAGGAGAAAGGUAUUAAGAAGUACUCAUGCGGCGAGUGUGAUAGAAAAUACAGUGCCAGCAAUGCUCUGCUGGCGCACUUGCGUGAUCACACUGGGAGGACUUUUGUAUGUGAAAUCUGUGAGAAGGGUUUUAAGCGAACAAACCAU